UUUGUUUUCCCCCUUCCAAUAACCUACCUGCAAGAUUUAAAAAACAUUGGCCAUGCAGCCUGGUGAAAUUGCAAGUCUCCAUUAUCUUCUUUCAUCUAACCCAUCUCUAUAUACUUCUCAAUUUAUCAUGUCCCAUGACAGCACAAACAUGAUGCAUCUUAAUCAGUUUUCUAAUCCAUUAUCCAAGUUUAAAUAUCCUUCCCAAGAUAUGAAUCCACCAUCUUUAAGCAGUAACUCAACUUCUGAUGAAGCAGAAGACCAACAACUAAGCCUCAUCAAUGAGAGGAAACAGAGGAGGAUGAUAUCUAAUAGAGAAUCAGCACGUCGGUCAAGAAUGCGUAAGCAGAAACAUUUGGAUGAGCUGUGGUCUCAAGUCCUUUGGCUCAGGAAUGAAAACCACCAACUAAUAGACAGGUUGAACCAAGUCUCUGAGUGUCAUGAUCGAGCUCUACAGGAGAAUGCUCAGCUUAAGGAGGAAGCAUCUGAACUUCGUCAAAUGCUUACAGACUUCCAACUCCAUAAUCCUUACCUACCUUGAAGACAUCUCCUUCAAGUGGUUUUCUGCACAAAAGCCGUCUGAAGACAAGAAUCGUGGAUCCAGUUUAAAUGAGUUCUCAAUCUUGCAAGGCUGAGCUAGAGGCAAAGUUUUUGAGUUUUUCUUUGCCAAUAAUGGUCCUUUUCUUUAAUCUUUAUGUAGAUGCCCCGAAAUCUUUACCAACCUCUGAAGUUGUACGAAACUUUAGAAAAAAUAAAAGGUAUUUAUUUAGCCAUCCCUCUGAAUUCCUUCAACUGUGAUCAUAAAAGCUCUCCGAAAACAAUCUUUAGAUAGGAAAAUUAAGAUGCAUAUUUAUUCUUAAUCCUUUUACUCUCUCCUUGAGCAAAGUUGGGAUUUGAGGAGUUGUUUCAAAUUCAACCACCUCUUAAAAUUCAAUAAAAGAUCCCAUUCCACAAUUGUCUGACAACAGACAAAAUUAUCAAUUGCAGUACAGAAAUUGUCAACUUAACAGGAUAUAACAAAAUACGGACACAAGCCAUGGAGUUGAGAAUAGCUGAGGAAAAAAGAAACCUCGGUGGAAAACGUCCAUCAGUGGCAUUGGUGACUGAUAGUUGGAAAUGUAUUGAAAUAAGGAGGGGUGGGGUUCUGGUUCAUGAAACAAAAUUUGCCAACAAAAGGAGCACAUUUUGAAAAGAAAUACAACAAUACUAUUCACAGA